AUGUCCCCAGUCAUGGACGUCAUGGUGCGGACCGAGACCGGCGCUGAGCUGCGGGCAGUCCUAAAAGUCUACGACUGCCGGCUCGGCAGAGACCUCCGAGAAUGCCUUGGAAAACACGUACCUCACACGGCAGCGGUCGAAGCUGCUUUCCAAUCCUUUGUGAAAGCGAAGAAAAUAACGCCAUUUCUCCGCGAGCUGGCGAGAAGCCACCUGCAAGGCGAAUCCAUCCCGCGAAUGCUGGCCCAUGUGCGCGUCAUCGUCCCAGUGCCCAAACUUCCGUCCGAGAUGAGCAAAUACUUCGAACUGAAGGGAGUCCUCGUCGAACGCAUCUCUGGAUAUAGCCUUGCAGACCUGGGCACUUCGCCGUUGGCACCGAGUGACCCCAAGAAGUGGCCCGCCAUAGUACAAUCGGCGGUCAACCUGGCCCAUACUCUCGACGCAACCGGUGUCCUCAUGGGGGACUGCGCGCCUCGCAACGUGAUUGUGGAUAAACGCACACAUAAGCCUUUCUUCAUCGACUUUGCCCAGGCCGACUUCAAGGACGUGCUCCUCCGGGAAUGGCACGAUCCACGAGACAAGAAUUUUCAUCCUGAGUACGAGUACUGGAAGGCCGUCGCGGCAGGGAACAAUCCCGGGGCCAUCGGGGCGGAGAUGAAAUCCAAGUUGAAGAGGGCUAAGAACAUGGAGCUACAGGGAAUUGUCUACCCAGAUUACGAGAGUAUCCUUGCGGAAAUUCUGCGGUCGAAGAAGGCUAAGGGGAAAAGGCCGGGCUGA